GGGUCGCUCCCGAGAGAGGAGGGCCCGCGGCGCAGAUGGGUGAGUCAAACGAAGAUAUAGACCAAAUGUUCAGCAAUUUGCUGGGAGAGAUGGAUCUCCUGACCCAGAGUUUAGGAGUCGACACUGUCCCUCCUCCAGAACCUAAACAGCCCAGAGCUGAAUUUAACUACAGUGUGGGGUUUAAGGAUUUAAAUGAGUCCUUAAAUGCACUGGAAGACCAAGAUUUAGAUGCUCUCAUGGCGGAUCUGGUAGCAGACAUAAGAGAAGCUGAGCAGAGGACAAUCCAGGCCCAGAAAGAGUCCUCUCAGAGCCGACCUCAUUCAGCAUCUCUGGAUAUACCAAGUUUCAGUGGUGCAGCCUCUCUUGGUUACACAGCAAAUGUUGCUGCACCGAGUAUUAACCAAUAUGAGGAUGACUUACCUCCUCCACCAGCUGAUCCCAUGUUAGACCUUCCUUUGCCACCACCCGCUCCUGAACCUCUCUCUCAGGAAGAAGAAGAAGCCCAAGCUAAGGCUGAUAAAAUUAAGCUAGCGUUGGAAAAACUGAAGGAGGCCAAGGUCAAGAAGCUCGUUGUCAAGGUGCACAUGAAUGAUAACAGCACGAAGUCACUGAUGGUGGAUGAGCGGCAGUUAGCCCGAGAUGUUCUAGACAACCUUUUUGAGAAAACCCAUUGUGACUGCAAUGUGGACUGGUGUCUUUAUGAAAUAUAUCCAGAACUACAAAUCGAAAGGUUUUUUGAAGACCAUGAAAAUGUUGUUGAAGUCUUAUCAGACUGGACAAGAGACACAGAAAAUAAAGUGCUGUUUUUGGAGAAGGAGGAAAAAUACGCUGUAUUUAAAAACCCCCAGAAUUUUUACUUGGAUAACAGAGGAAAAAAAGAAAGCAAGGAAACAAACGAGAAAAUGAAUGCGAAGAACAAGGAGUCCUUGCUUGAGGAGAGUUUUUGUGGAACAUCCAUCAUUGUGCCAGAACUAGAGGGAGCUCUUUAUUUGAAAGAAGAUGGGAAGAAAUCCUGGAAAAGGCGCUAUUUCCUUUUACGAGCUUCUGGAAUUUAUUAUGUCCCCAAAGGAAAGACUAAGACAUCUCGAGAUCUGGCAUGUUUUAUACAGUUUGAAAAUGUCAACAUUUACUAUGGGAUUCAGUGUAAAAUGAAAUACAAAGCACCCACUGACUACUGCUUUGUUUUAAAGCAUCCCCAAAUUCAGAAGGAGUCCCAGUAUAUCAAGUAUCUCUGCUGUGAUGACGCAAGAAUGCUACAUCAGUGGGUUACGGGAAUCAGGAUCGCCAAGUAUGGAAAGACGCUCUAUGAUAGCUAUCAGCGUGCCAUGGCCAGGGCAGGGCUUGCCUCUCGGUGGACCAACCUGGGCACUGUCAACGCAGCCCCACCAGCCCCGUCUUCUACAGGAGUUAAAACAGGCACCACCCAGGCCAAUGGUCAGAUCCCCCAGGCAGCACAUUCUAUGAGUACUGUUCUCGGAGAAGCCCAGAGACCUGUUGAAACAACUAAGGACAAGAAGUCCGGCCUCGGCAGCCACGACGCCGGAGCGCCCAGGGCCCAGACCCUUCCCAUGUCCAGCCUGCCUCCGCCCCCUCCCGUGCGACGGUCCUCGGAAGUCGGCUGCAGCAGCCCAGGGACGCCGCCCAAGGUCAAGGGCACGGCCGCCGGCUUCCCAGCGCCGCCCCACGACCUCCUGCCGCCGCCUCCGCCGCCGCCACCCCUGGAGGACGACGAGCUCCCUCCGCCGCCCCCCGACUUUAGCGACGCGCCCCCGGACUUCGUGCCUCCUCCACCGCCGCCGUCGUUUGCGGGCGACGCGGGGUCCUCGCUGCCGCCGCCCCCGCCCCCGCCCGCCCUCGUCCCCGAAGCCGCGAAGCCAACCCCCGUGGUGGCCAAAAGGCCGCCAGCUCCCCCCAAGAGGCAGGCGAACCCGGGACCACCGGGCGGAGGAGGCGGGGAGCAGGAUUUCAUGUCGGAUCUCAUGAAAGCUUUGCAAAAGAAGAGAAGCAACAUGUCCUAAGGGAAGGCUAGAAGUAUCUUUGGGUGAUGGGUGUAAUCAUUGCUAACCUCAAUUGCAUUUUUGCUACUUUGUUUCCGUGACAUCUUGUUCAUUUUAGAUACAAUAUUGAAGUAUUCAGACUAGAAAUGCAAAUAGGAAACGUCUCCCUGUUUCUCAAGUACAUUCAUAAUCCUUAACCUAACACAGAAUUUAGAAUAUCUGCCUGAAUGUACAUAUCUUUCCUGUGUAUUUCCACUUCAAUGGAUUUUAUCUUC